AUGAAACUAGCUAUUCCUCUAAUAUUAACCGCUCUUGGUGCCAAGGCAAAAUGCGAAACCUUUGACUACGUGAUCGCAGGCGCUGGUACGUGCGGACUUGUGUUAGCAAAUCGAUUAUCAGAAGACCCGAAUAUCAAAGUCGCAGUUGUCGAACCGGGUGAUGAUGUUCGCAAUAACCCUAAUGUCACAGACGUUGGCGCGUUCCUCCGCGCCUUUAACACCGAGAUCGAUUGGCAAUAUGCUACGACGCCACAGCCGGGAGCUGAUAAUAAAUCAAUCCCUUUCCACGCUGGCAAGGCCAUUGGAGGGACUAGUACAAUCAAUGGUAUGACUUACAUCCGAGGCGACAAGGCUGAGUUUGACGCAUGGGAAUCUCUCGGGAACGACGGCUGGGAUUGGGACAUAUUAUAUCCUUAUUUCAAGCAGGUUGAACAGUUCUCUCCUCCCACUACAGCCCAGCAGGCCGCUGGCGCCACUUUCAAUACAGAAUAUCAUGGUAAGGAUGGAUUGGUGAAAACGGGGUUUCCAUUCAGACUCCUUAACGGAUCCUUCUACAAACUCGCUCAACAGGCUUGGGAAAGUUUGGGUUAUCCCCUAAACCUAGAUGUUAAUGGUGGUGAAACACGCGGGUUUGAUGUUUGGCCUCAGACAUUAGACAGAGACGCAAACAUUCGAGAAGACGCUGCUCGAGCGUUCUACUAUCCCAUUGAACAGAGACCUAACCUCAAGAUCAUUAAGGGGACAGUGAUGAAGUUAAAAUGGGCGAAUUCAUUAACAUAUAACAACGCGCUCUUAGCAGAUGGUGUUGAAUACCUGGAUCCUACCGGCCAAACGGUCGUUAUAAGCGCAGCGAAAGAAGUCAUACUGUCCGCCGGGUCUUUAAGAAGCCCUCUAAUCCUUGAACGCUCAGGUGUUGGAAAUCCAAGUAUCCUUAAAGGGCACGGCAUAGAAACAAAGAUCAACCUCCCCGGAGUGGGGGAGCAUUUACAGGACCAGCCCAACGUGGCCCUCGAGUAUACCUCAAAUAUCAAUAUGACAGGAACUGUGCCAUAUGCGACAUUUGCCACAGCCCAAGACUUAUUCGGCAAACAGACUUCUGCAGUAGCAGAGACGACAUAUACGAAGCUAUCUGAAUGGGCCCAAAAGGUCUCAGAUGUUAACAAUAGAGCCAUUGAUGCUCACCAAUUAGAAAAGAUAUUCCGCAUACAACACGAUCUAAUCUUCAAGGACAAUGUUACAAUUGCUGAAACCAUAACCUCGGCUUCCGGCAAUGUCCUCAUUUCUGCAUUUUGGCCUUUGUUGCCUUUCUCUCGAGGUAGUGUCCACCUCAAAUCAAUCGAGGCCAACGAUCCCGCAAUUGACCCGGAGUACUUCUUAAUCGAUUUCGAUCUCACCAUCCAAACCGAGCUCGGACGGCUCUCGCAAGAUUUCUGGUAUACAGACCCGAUCAGCGAUGUUGUAGUUGGCAGCUUCGUCCCUGGGGACGAAGCACUGCCUCGCAAUGCUACUGACGCUCAAUGGGCAACUUUCAUCGCAAGCACUGUAACUCCUAAUCACCAUCCUAUCGGGUCGGCCUCGAUGAUGUCCCGCGAGCUCGGAGGAGUCGUUGACCCUAAGUUCAAGGUAUACGGAACAUCUAACGUUCGUGUGGUCGACGCGUCUGUGCUGCCAAUGCAGAUUAGCGGUCAUUUAACUGCUACGCUUUACGCCAUAUCCGAGAGGGCAGCUGGAUUUAUUAAAAGUCCAUAG